AUGCUGGACCUGGUUGUUCUGGAGCGGUUUCUGGCCCUUCUGCCCCUGCAGAUGGAGAGCUGGGUGCGGGAGUGUGGAGCAGAGACCAGCUCCCAAGCGGUGGCCCUGGUAGAAGGCUUUCUCCUGAGCCAGGCAGAGGAGCAGAAGGAGCAGGUCGAGUGGCAGUCCUUUGCUGUGGAGAUCCGAGAUCCUGCGGGAAGGAGGAAUCCAUCAAUUCCCUCUCAGGAGCUGUUUUUCAGGAGGAUCUCCUUGGAAGAUCCAAAUCAGGACAUCUCAGGAGGGAAGCAUGGAAGAAAGUUGACUCCUCUUUAUGGUGGAGUGGAAACCGUGGUUGAACCUCCAACUCAACAAGAGGGUCUUGUGUUCUUCAAGGACGUGGCCAUAUGUUUCUCCGGGGAGGAGUGGUCUCAGCUGGAUCCUCACCAAAAAGCGCUGCAUUGGGAAGUCAUGCUGGAAAACUAUAGGAACGUGGCCUCUCUGGGUAAGGGUUUCCUACCCUCCAAUCAGAGAGUUCAGCAAGACAUUUUGUGCUUAAAUGCCACCAGCUAUUGCUUACUAAAAAGUCUCCAACUCGAUGUCAUUUCUUUGGAGUGA